AUGGGGCAUCCUCUUCUCCCACCCGCGGGACUUCACGCCCGUCUGCACCACAGAGCUUGGCCGGGCGGCGAAGCUGGCGCCUGAGUUCAGCAAGCGCAACGUGAAGAUGAUCGCCCUCUCCAUCGACAGCGUCCAAGAUCACCUCUCCUGGAGCAAGGACAUCAACGCCUACAACGGGGAACAACCCGAGGAGAAACUCCCCUUCCCCAUCAUCGCUGAUGCGAACCGGGAGCUUGCCGUCAAGCUGGGGAUGCUGGACCCGGAUGAGCGGGACAAGGACGGCAUGCCCCUGACUGCUCGCGUGGUGUUCAUUUUUGGCCCGGAUAAGAAGCUGAAACUCUCCAUCCUGUACCCAGCCACCACCGGGAGAAACUUUGAUGAGAUCCUGAGAGUGGUGGACUCCCUGCAGCUGACGGCGUACAAGAAGGUCGCUACCCCUGUGGACUGGAAGCCUGGUGACAGCGUCAUGGUGGUGCCCACCUUACCCGACGAGGAAGCCAAGAAGCUCUUUCCCAAAGGAGUCUUCACGAAGGACCUCCCCUCGGGCAAGAAGUACCUGCGUUACACCCCGCAGCCGGAGUGAGCGGGCCUGCCCGUCCGCCCCGCCGG